AUGCGUAUGUUAACACGAGCAUCGGGCGGCACUGCUUCGAUGGAACCGUUGCAAGGGGCCACUGGAUCGCUGGUGGACGUGGACUGUACGCAGCACAACCCGCUGGUGGACCUGUCGAGGAAGGUGGUGAUCGGCGGCAACACCAGCGAUGAGUUUGGCGAAAACUGGGGCCUCAGUGGCGAGACGCAGCCGCAAUCCGUUAGUCCUCUUCAUGCGUUGCUACCACACUAA